AUGCUAGGCUUUGAGAGCGGCAAUGUCUUUCGAAAGCGGAAUCCGGAUAGGAUUCGGGAUGACAUGGACUAUGCUGAGCGCGUUUUCCGUUACUCAUGGCAUUCAGGAAACGACGAACCACAUAUCCUGGAGUACCGAAUACUCAACAGAAUCAACCUUUUCCACCUCCAGAAUGAGCUCGCCAAGCUCAAAUCCGCCGUCUGGGCCGAUUUUAGUGCUAAAGAAGACGAUUUAGCAAGGUUAAGGACAACGCUGCACGAUUAUGCAAAUGCCGUACGUGAUUACGAAUACCUCAGAGCUCUCCCAGAAAUCACAGGCUCCCAAGCAGAAGACCGACGCCGCGAUCUGACAGCCGCGUUCCCCUUCAUCGCCGACCUCCCCGGCGACCCGUAUAAUUCGCGAUACUGCACCUUCCGCGCCCCCUCACACCCAGAAGCCCCCGUCGACCCUCUCAGGCGCUUCCUCAAAGCACGGCUUCCGAGGCAGUGGACAUACACGAAAGACGAGAUGCGGGUCCACAUAGACGAGUACCUCAAGAACGACCCGCCAGAAACGGUCUCGCCGUUGGUCGACAAGCUGGCCAGGUUCAUCAUCUCCUUCACCGGUGGGGUGAGCCUUAUAGUUCCAAUGCUCAUCAUGAGUCUCCCGGGGCAAGAUACGACGAAGAGCCUCGUUGUCACGUCGGUCGCCGUCACCAUCUUUUCGGUUGUGAUGGGCUUGGUCUUCAAGGUGUCGAAUGAGGAGACCGUAGUGGCUACGGCUACGUACGCGGCGGUGCUGGUUGUGUUCGUCGGUACUAGUUCUUAA